AUGAGCCCCUCUGCCCAGCCCGUUGUUUCACAGGCUCCUCUACACCCUCAUCUGCAACUACUCGACAAUGGGGCUGAUAAACCAAACACCGUGGGGGCUUUUCCCAUUUUCACGCACCACGUCGAGGAAUCGCUACCCAAAUCUGAGAUACCAGCUCAGUAUGGCCUUCUUGGUUGUAAUGUUUCACAACUAGAAGACUCCCCAUCCCGCUCGAUCGAUGGUGACGAACAACUCAAAACACGGUUGUUCUACAAUGUAGCUGCUCCCACUAGUACAUUUAUCUGUGGUAGUCAAGGCUCAGGCAAGAGUCACACGCUCAGCACUCUUCUGGAGAAUUGUCUGAUUCCAUCCGAAGCAAACAAAUUGCCACACCCGUUGACUGGUCUCGUAUUCCACUACGAUACCUUCAUCUCGGAUACCGGAGGGAUGCCCUGCGAAGCUGCCUAUAUAUCGAGCCAUCCAGCCGUACAGGUGAAGGUGCUCUGCGCCCCUUCCAACAUCCGUCACAUACAGCGCGUUUACCAAGACCUUCCUCACGUCACUGUAAAGGAGCUGCGGAUCAAUCAGUCAGACUUGAACACGCGAAGGAUGCUAGACCUCAUGGCCGUCAGCUCGAUACAAGGCGGAGGGAUGCCACUCUAUCUGCACGUUGUUAGCCGCAUUUUGCGUGAGAUGCGUAUCACACAGCAACAAACAGACUCUGCAUUUGAUUACAAGGCUUUCAAGGCCGGUAUAGAUAGAGAGUCCUUGACAGAAGGACAGCUGGUGCCACUGCAGCAACGUCUGGAGACUUUGGAGAGCUUCAUGGUCAAGUCACAGACCCUCAUGGACAAGCACUCGAACAGAUGGAAAGACAAAUUGAAGGCAAAUACCGACAGCGCCAUGGAAGGUGAAAGCUGGGAAUUACACGGCGGACAACUCACCAUCAUUGAUCUUUCAUGCCCAUGCGUUACUGCCGAGGCAGCAUGCUCCCUCUUCAACAUCUGUCUGAGUCUAUUUCUUGAACAAAAGGCUACUAUUGGUCGCGUGGUGGCCCUGGAUGAAGCCCACAAGUACAUGAACGACAGUUCUGAUAGCCAGACACUCACAGAAUCCCUGCUAUCAGUGAUUCGUCUGCAGCGCCAUUUGGGAACCAGAGUGGUGCUCUCUACCCAGGAACCUACUGUGUCGCCCAAACUGCUUGACCUCUGUUCUACCGUCAUUGUUCAUCGUUUCACGUCGCCAGCAUGGUUUACUACUCUGCGCCGACACUUGGCUGGCGUCUCUUGCGUUGAGGCUGGAAGGGAUAACCGUAAUGACGAAGUGGAAAGGAAUACGAAGGAUGAGAAGAGGAAGAGUGCAUUGAGCUCCUCCCGUUUGAACAUCAAUUACGAAGAUUUGUUUACUCAUAUCAUCGAAUUGGGCACUGGCGAGGCGCUACUCUUCUGUCCAAGCGCACUGGUUGAAGCUGGUACUACUGAAGCAUCAAGCCCGGAAGCAUCUUUCGUUCAGCUCGGGAGUAGCACCAUGAAGGUUCGCAUUCGAAAGAGGAUUACGGCAGACGGUGGUACGAGCAUCAUGGCAAACUGA